UUUAUUUUAAUGAAUAUGCUCCCAAAACUUUUAUCCCAAAAUUUUAGCCAAGUAUCAUGUGUGUAGCCAGAGUCGACCUAGUUAGAGUGAUGAAUAGUCAUGAGUUAUACAAGAUUGACAAUUAAGUAAUGACACGUUUUCAAUUAUAUCUUGGUCCACAAAAACCACACUGUCAUAUUGACUCUGUUAAAUGAGCUGUAGUCAACCAUAAUAUCAUUUUAAAGCUUCUAUCUCAUAACUUAAUAUAAAUAUAUAUCGUUGUUCAUGAAAAAAAAUUAUACUUUCACACGCCAUCCAUAACACAAAACUUAAAUUACCUCAUAUUUAGUAAGCCUCUUCUCCAAUUCUACUAGCAAACAACAAUGGACCGUAAUGCAAAUAGGUCAUCAUCAGACCCUCCAUUUGAAGAAACAUACAAGAACCUCUUCCUAAAACACAGCAUUAAACCACUCAUCACCACCCCCACCACCACCACUACUAUCGAAGAGCACGAUUUACCCCUAAUAGACUUAGGGCAGCUGGUGGCUGGCACGGCCAAAGAGAGAGAGCAAUGCAAGACAGCAAUCGCGGAAGCCUCUAGGGAGUGGGGGUUCUUCCAAGUGGUGAACCAUGGCAUAUCGCGCCAUAUCUUAGAGGAGAUGACCAAGGAACAAGUGAAGGUGUUUAGGGAACCAUUCAACAAGAAAAAAGAAGAUAAUUGUAUGAACUUAAGGCUAUCUCCUGGAAGUUACCGUUGGGGUUCUCCUACACCAAAUUGCUUGACACAAUUAUCUUGGUCUGAAGCCUUUCACAUUCCUAUGACUGAUAUUUGCAACACUGGUUCAACAAAUAUUGACAAUUGCAAUCCUCAAGUUAGCAAUUUAUGCUUAACAGUAAAACAAUUUGCCAUCACAGUUUCUGAAUUGGCGAAUAAAUUAACAAAUAUACUAGUAGAAAAAUUGGGGCAUGAAGAACUAACCUUUUUUGAGGACAAUUGUUUGCCAAAUACUUGCUACCUACGGAUGAAUAGAUACCCACCAUGCCCUAAAUAUUCCCAUGUCUUUGGAUUGAUGCCACACACAGACAGUGAUUUCCUCACAAUUUUAUACCAAGAUCAAGUUGGUGGAUUGCAGCUUGUUAAAGAUGGAAAAUGGAUUUCAGUUAAGCCUAAUCCAGAGGCUCUUAUUGUCAAUAUUGGCGAUCUAUUUCAGGCUUGGAGCAAUGGUGUGUACAACAGUGUGGUGCAUCGAGUUGUCGCUAAUCCAAGACUAGAGAGGUUUUCGACAGCGUAUUUCCUUUGUCCAUCUGGUGAUGCAAUCAUACAAAGUUUCAAGGAGCCUUCAAUCUAUAGGAAAUUUAGCUUUGGAGAGUAUAGACAACAAGUUCAACAAGAUGUUAAAGAAUAUGGUUAUAAGAUAGGACUUUCUCGCUUCCUUAUAUGCAACUAGUAAUAAUUUUCAUAUACAAAAGUAUAUAGAUUAAGGAGAUUAUAAGUUUUAUACGAA